UGCUGCAUGACUUCAUCCUUCCGCCGGCUCUCCUGCUGAGCUAGGGCCGGUCCAGAAGCUAGCCCGCCGUCCGCGCCCCGCCGCAGUCCCGCGCCCAGCCCGCGCCCGCCAUGUCCGAAAUCCUGCCCUACAGUGAGGACAAGAUGGGCCGCUUCGGCGCUGACCCCGAGGGCUCUGACCUCUCCUUCAGCUGCCGCCUCCAGGACACCAACUCCUUCUUUGCGGGCAACCAAGCCAAGCGACCCCCCAAGCUGGGCCAGAUCGGCCGAGCCAAAAGAGUGGUGAUCGAGGAUGACCGGAUAGACGACGUGCUGAAGGGGAACCUCGGGCCGCAGCCCCACCCUGCACACCGGAACGGACAGAGACCUGCAGCCCACAGCCCCCGGUCCUCCCCCUCCCGCACGGCUCCCCUGCCCCGCCCUCUCUGGCCGGUCUGGUCUGCAGACCCAGCUGCCAGCCGGUGUCGGACCGCGCGUGUGGCCAGGGAUGUUUGGCUGCGUAUUUGCAUGAGCUUCCUACCCACCCGAGCCCAGCCCUCCAGGCCGCUCCUCACCCCCAUCCCUGUCUGGCGUGACCCCAGCCUCAGCCUCUUUCUAAGGGACUUCCUCAGCACAUUUGUAUUUUUAUAUCCGACUCUUUGUUUACUGGCUCCCAUCAUGGUUCGUGCCCUACCCUCCUAGGUCUCAUCCUCGCUCUUCUGCGCCUGGCAGAUAGGACGAGUUUUGAGGCUAGGAAUGGACAAGCCCCCAAUAUGGUAACCAACACAUGGCCAGUCUGCCUGGGCCUGACCCCCAGUGGCUCUCUGGCAGACCCCUCCUCUCAAGGUAACACCUUUCAAGGGCCCAGGUCUGAUUUUACCUUGGACCCUGCGCCCUGCCCCUGGGAACCCAAAUGGGGACUGUUCUGCACCUUUGGAUGACACUUGUGGCCCUAGAGAUGUUCUCAACACAGGGGUGUCCUUUGUAAAUGUUCCUCCAUCCUUACUGUACCAGGAGUGUGUGAAUAAACACAGACCUCCCUGUG